AUGCUGAACUUUGAUGCAGAAUUAGCGGGUAGAAAGCGGUUGAUGCAAUUGAACGAGCUUGAUGAGUUUCGCUUGCAUGCGUAUGAGAGUGCCAAGUUAUAUAAAGAAAAUACCAAGCGUUGGCAUGAUAAGCAUAUCCACCAUAGCGAGUUCGAACCGCGCCAAUUGGUUCUCUUGUUCAAUUUGAGGUUGAGACUCCUUCCGUGGAAGCUCAAAUCGAGAUGGUCGGGCCCGUAUGAGGUAGUGAGAGUCACUUCACAUGGUGCAAUUGAGUUGCACGUCUUAGGUGGCGAGAGAACGUUCUUAGUAAAUGGACAAAGAGUAAAGCACUAUUAUGGAGGUGACUUUGAUUGUCAGAAGUUGAAGGUGUUACUUGCCAAUGAUUAG